AUGAUUCCGCAGCAGCCUCCGCCGCAUCUUCCCCAACAGCAGGCCCCGAUCCAGCAGGCUCAACCGCAGCCGCAGCAGAUCCAACAGCAGCAGCUCCAUCAACAGCAAUCGCCCUACGACGAUCACUACGAUUUGUACGGGGAUUCGAAGAUGCCAUGUUCCCGUACAAUCCGCCGGCAAACGCCACCAUCCAGUCGGUCGAGAUUGGAAAAAGGACAUUCCCAAGUACCCGCCGCCGCAGGCGCAACACCUCAGCAAAGAUCGUCAGCAGCCGCUUCCGGCAGGCUUGCCGGCAACCCACCCCGCCAGAUCUUUGCGACGCCGCAGCAACAACAGCUGUACCAGUAUUUAUUUAUUAUUCUGUAA